AUGUCAAAUUCGACGGUAGAUCAGGAUGUCGAGCUCCUACCCAGUCCACAGCAGAUUAAGGAGCUGACGCUCGCGCUGGUGGGUUGCUUUAUUGGAAUGUGUCUCUACGGAGCCUACACAGUCCUGUUCGUCGUUUCUUCAGUUGGCCCGUCUUUUGACGCCCUCGCUGGGUAUAUUUACUCGGAAAGGCAGAUAUUCUUCUAUUCGAGCAUAUCGAUGUUUAUUUCAAUAACACUCUUUGUCAUAUUCACUAUCCGACGUUACUCGCAUGCACUCAUUACCUACACCUUCACCACGGGCCAAUUCCCAAAAACAUACCUUCACGACUGGGGGCAAUGGGACAACUGGAUUGUGACCUUUUUUCUCGGCUUUGUAGUGUGGUUGGGUGAUGGGCUAGCUGUUUACCGCUGCUAUCUCAUCUGGGACAAGAACUUCAUCGUCAUUGCUAUCCCUUCCGCCCUACUUCUGACCAGUAUCAACCUUGUCAAGCUCUAUCUCACCCCGCCUCGAGUUUCUAACAGCGUCAACCUUGCCGCGUUUCUAAACCCCAGCCUGGUCCCCGAGAACGUCGUCCUGAACAACUUACGUAUGGUCUACCCUGUUAACAUCGCACAGACCACCCUUACCACAUCUCUCAUCACCUGGAAGAUAUACGCACAAUACCGCAUAUCCAAGGAGGCUGGCCUCCAUGACAUGGGCAGUAAGGUUAAUUCCCUGACCAUUAUUCGCGUCGUAGUCGAGAGUGCCAUGAUCUUCACCGUUCAGCAAAUUAUCUUGUGCGCCACGUUCUACGCAGGAAACCCCGCUGGGGCGAUCUUUCACGGAACAUUGGUCCCUAGUAUUGGGAUUGUUUUCCUGCUCAUCUCAAACCGAUGCUACGAGGCCCAGAUCGCCCUCGAGAACUCGUCGAACUGGGAGUUGGAAAGAAUAUCUGCCUUAAACUGGCCUGAAAGUUGGGGAAUUCCGACCACCCUUCCCAACCCCGAACUUGGACCGAAUCGAAGCCCGCCCCGCGACUCUGCUUCCGCUGGCGCAACUUUAACUUUUCGCCAACGACAAGCGGAGGACUUGAGGUUCGUUGGCAUACCCACAGGGACCGACGAGUCGAAGAGUGACGUUGAGUUACACGACCUGGGGGAAGGGUCUUUGAAACUGAGGCGGUCCAGCUCAUGA